GUGCCCAGAGCCACUUCAUUAUAUUAGUAGCUUCCCUCUUGAUACAGGUCGACGGACCGGCCGGCCUCGGGAGGAGAAGAGAAUCAAUGGGAGCCAAGGAGGUGAAGGUGGUGGAGUCUUGCUUUCUGACGCCCGGCGACGAGACGCCUACGCAUGGACUCUGGCUUUCGCCACUCGACCUCGAGCAAGUAGGCGGAGGCCACACUCCGACCGUCUAUUUCUACCGUUCCGAGCCGGGCUCGGCUGGCGACUUCUUCGACGUGGCCAGACUGAAGGCGGCCAUGGCGAAGGCUCUGGUUGCCUUCUACCCCCUGGCCGGCCGUCUCGGUGUUGACCGUAACGGGCGGACAGAGAUCGACUGUGCUGGCCAGGGUGUACUCUUCGUCGUUGCUCACUCGGAUUUCACCAUUGACGACUUCAGCGAUUGCCAGCCGUCGCCAGAGCUAAGGAAGCUCUUUGUUCCCCACAUUGAUGACUCGUCGGGCGUUGUAUCCGGCAUCCAGGUGACAUUCUUAAAGUGUGGUGGGGUGGCCUUAGGGACGGCGCUGCACCACGUCGCUGUAGACGGCAUCAGUGCGUUCCACUUCUUCCAGACGUGGUCUGCCUUCUCUAGGAGCAAUGGCGACAACGGCACCGUGUCACUGGAGCUCCCAUGUCAUGACCGCACCCUCCUUCGUGGGCGUUGCCCUCCCAUUGUCCACCUUGAUGCUCUCAAAGUUUUCUACCCCUUCAAGCUAAACCCAUGUGAGCCGUUAGGAGCUAUCAGCAACACGAUUUUUGUCUUCUCCAACAACCAGGUUGACACUCUUAAGCGUGCUUGUGGUGGUGUGAGCACCUUCUGCGCUGUGACCGCUCAUGUAUGGCGGUGCAUGUGCGCCGCUCGUCAGCUGCCGCCGGACACCAUGACACGCCUCACCCUCAUGGCAAAUGUCCGAGGGAGAAUAAAGCCACCGCUCCCAGCCUGCUACUUUGGUAACGCAAUCAUCUGGCUAACCUCUACUUGCAAGGUGAAUGAUGUUGUCUCGCCCUCGGAGGAGACGAUGGUCUCCGUCGCCAAUCAGAUCAAAGGCACCAUCCGCCAGAUGGACGACGAGGUGGUCCAUUCGGCAAUCGACUACUUGGAGCUGCAUGAGAUGGGCAGCCGACCGGCCCCGCCUAUAGGCAACAGCCUGCCGAAGACUGAGCUGAGGGUUGUCAGCUGGCUAGGAAUGCCGGUGUACGACGCAGAUUUUGGGUGGGGAAAGCCGUUGAUGAUGUUGCGCGCCGUGGUACUCCGUGCGGGGGUCGUCUACCUCAUGGACGGCAGGCAGGGGGACGGGAGCGUACAGAUUGUCGUAUGUAUGGAGACUGCAAUUCUCAACGAGUUCGAACGACUGCUAUAUGCAUCGUUUUAGUAUCCUCUAGGCGAUGCAAGGGCCGAUAGAGUAAUAAAGUUUUUGCACAUAAGGUUUCUUGUUUCGUUCUGCUUCAAGAUUAGUGAAAGGAGACGAGCAAUCUAGUGCAAGAUAUAACAACACCUGAUUAGUGGGCUCCAGUGAACAGCAGAAGCUACAUAGGUAGACAAUACGCAUCUUGAUCUCAAACAGAGUGCAAGAGGGAGUAUGUGUCCAUCUUGGAUUCUAAAUUAGAAUGCUGUGGUACCGGAGCCCAUAUCAAUAGAGGCCCUAUGCGUCUUGAUUCUGACGUAA